UUUGGACUAUGUUUUAAAUAAACUCGGCUCAUAUAUUGUAUUUAUAUAUUGUAUAAGUACACAAAACAAGAAGAUCUGAGAACAGAAUCAAUCAGUCAGAUUCAAGCAAACAUAGAAGCAGUACUUUACUGUAAGUGUUAAAGAUGCCACGACUGUUGGCUGGUAUUACAGAGCUCUAUUAGGUGUAGAUUCCCCAACAGCUGAAGAUGAAAUCUGCUCUCAGUGGCUGAUCUGUUGCCAUGUUAUUAAAUUCCUGUUUACAGAGUGAGACCUGGAUCUGUGUAAAAUUCAUUGUCAUCUGAAAUGUAUGACUCGUUUCACAUCCUCAGUGUUCCUGUUAAAUGACAUGAACAUGGGUAAGAAAGUGUCACUGAGAUACACUGAAUGUGUGUGACUGACAUUUGUCAUUAGCUGUGUAACGCAGUAGUGUUCAGUGUGUGCGUGUGUGUGUGUGUGUGUGUGUGUGCAUGAGCGUGUGUGUCAUACAUCUGGUUGUGGUCAUGUACAGGAGUGGAUGGGGCUGCAGGCAUCGCAUUUCACCCAGUGCAUGUGUGCUAUGUGAUACUGCACCUGUACCUGUGUUUGAGUGCUUGUGUGGUUGUGUGUGCAUGCAUGUGUGAUUGUGUGUGCGUGUAUGUGUGUGUGUGUGUGCCCCAGGUCCUGUUCCAGUAGCGAUUACACACACAGAGAGACAGUGACAGAGACGAACAGCGACUAACAACUAGCGAAGCAUUGAGAGCUUCUGACAGGAUGUAAGAUUUCGAGAAUUUUCUGUGGUCUCGGCUGGCUCGGCUUCAGCGAGGGAGAAUGGAGAUCAGAAUCGAGUGACGCUGGAUUAGGACACAGGCUGUCCCGGCGACUGCUUUGCUGAAUAAUUGAUCCUUGGGCCUGUGACCGGUUAAGAAUGAGGAAGGCAUCGCUGAUGGUUUGGAUCAGCCUUUUGGUGCGAGUGUCCCAUUGUGCUCAGGGUCAUUAUGCCCAUAAACUUCUAAACGACCUGAUGGAGAACUACUCCAAUGCUCUGAGACCCGUAGAGGACACAGACAAAGCCCUCAAUGUCUCCCUGCAGAUCACCCUGUCACAGAUCAAAGAUAUGGAUGAGAGGAAUCAGGUGUUAACCACAUACCUGUGGAUCAGGCAGGUCUGGCAUGAUGCCUACCUGAAGUGGGACAAGGAGGAAUAUGAUGACCUAGAAAUGAUCAACAUCCCCAGUGACCUGGUUUGGAAGCCCGACAUUGUCCUCUAUAACAAAGCAGAUGAGGAGUCGUCAGGUCCAUCCAACACUAACGUGAAGCUGCGUUACAACGGAGAGAUCAUCUGGGACUCUCCGGCCAUCACAAAGAGCACGUGUGUGGUGAACGUCGCCUACUUCCCCUUUGACUGGCAGCAAUGCAAUCUCACAUUUGGCUCCUGGACCUACAAUGGAAACCAGGUGGACAUCAGUUUGGGCAUGGACACCGGGGACCUGUCUGACUUUGUGGAGAACGUGGAGUGGGAGUGUCACGGCAUGCCAGCGGUUAGAAACGUCAUGAUGUAUGGCUGCUGUUCCGAUCCUUACACUGAAAUCACCUACACCCUGCUCCUGAAGAGGCGCUCCUCCUUCUACAUCUUCAACUUGCUCCUCCCCUGCUUCCUCAUCUCCUUCCUGGCCCCACUGGGUUUCUACCUUCCAGCCGACUCGGGGGAGAAAGUUUCCUUGGGGGUGACGGUUCUGCUGGCGCUCACUGUGUUCCAGUUGUUGGUGGCUGAGAGCAUGCCUCCUGCAGAAAGCAUGCCCUACAUAGGGAAGUACUACAUUGCCACCAUGACUAUGAUCACAGCAUCCACUUCUCUCACCAUCUUCAUCAUGAACAUUCAUUUCUGUGGUGCUGAAGCCAAACCAGUCCCUUACUGGGCUAAGGUGCUCAUCAUUGACUACAUGUCAAAAAUCUUCUUUGUCUAUGAAGUCGGGGAGAACUGCACCACGCCAGAAAGCGAGAGGACCCCGCUCUACCCAGAGGAACCAAUGGGUGAUAAGAGCUGCUACCAUGACGACCGCUUCCAUGAUGGGUUCUACUAUACUGACAGUGAUCCAUACAAGUACAGCAAUGGCAAUGGCGUACAUCAUCACAAAAACCAUCACAAAAGACAAGCAAACGGCAACACCAACAGCAGGCAUCACCAUUACAACAACCAUAACAAUCACGCUUCCAGGCUGGAGAGGGGUGACGCAAAGCAUGAGCCCACUCAGCGUUACCACCACAUCAGGAGGGAUGAACUAGAUUACCAGGCUCCUCGACAUCCACUGCACCUCCAACACCUAAAUGGGGGGUUUAAGGAGCAGAUCCUCUAUUCCUCAGAGAAGAUUCAAGUCCCUGCCUGUCCCUGCUGCUGCCCCUGUAUCCAACAUAAACAGGUGGUUAAGAACAUCGAGUACAUUGCAAACUGUUUCCGCGAGCAGAGAGCCACGUGCAUCAAGGUAGCAGAGUGGAAGAAGGUUGCCAAGGUGAUGGAUCGGUUUUUCAUGUGGAUCUUUUUCGUCAUGGUCUUCCUCAUGAGCAUUCUCAUCAUUGCCAAGGCGUCUUGAUAGCUUCUUCUUCUUUUCAUCAACACUAAACCUCCAGUCUUGUUACACCUCUGUUCGACCUUAAUGCAACGUGAGACAAAUGAAGACUAUUUUGUCUGCAAGAAAACCGUGUUUCAUGUCAGUAUUGUGUGUGUCUGUGUGUUUGUGUGCAUGUAUGUGAGUGUUUGUCUGGGGUUUUUGUCUUGUUUUGACGUAAAGAAGACGAGGUCACUGCAUGCAAAUCAUCCAUUUAACCACACGUGUGCACAGAAAGCCUCUCGGUUAGUUUAUGUAAGAUCUGCUUGCAUGUGUCACAGAGCAGUGGAGCAGUAAGACAAUCUAGGCCUUGCCUUGAACAUGCAUGGACUCUAUUAUUGAUGAGCUAACAGCCAAACAUCCAGCUAUAGGCAUUACAUUUCUUGCCUUACGUUUUAAGCAACCAGAGGAUGCUAUUUUCCAGAGUUGGUUACGAUGUGGGAGGGAGCACCAAGAGGAAAACCUGAAAUACUUUUGAAUCAGUGUAAAUGUCGACGUCACAGCCUAUGAUGAAUCACAUCUGUCCUUAUAGACACUAUCACUGGUAGAUCAUGUAAGUUAAUGCUGUUAAAGCCACAUGAAACUGACAUUGGUUUACAAGUUCUCCAUACUUGAAGAGAAAUGGUAAAUGUUUACCUCCUCACAAAGACUUUUAACACACUAUCUGACCUUAGUGAUACUUUUUCACAAUAAAGGGUGAUGCACUCUACCUUAUUGCUAAUUUACACUUUGCUCAAUGACACAAUUAAAAAUAAACCUUUGAUAUUGUGUUAUUAAAAAUGAUUGUUGCUCA